AUGGGUUCCUCUUUUUGAACUGAAUUACAAACGAACUUUUGGAUGAUAUUCUAGUUUACUAUGAUGUCUUUUUUUUACUCCAGCUGAUUUCUACCCUCAGCUGGUUCCGUCAGGUUCGGCGUUAUAAGAACCUUUGUGUGUGAGGGAGGAGGCUCUUAUUGUGGAGGGUUUGACCCGGUAGUAGCUAGCAGCAGAGCCGCAGAGCAGCGGCCGUCCUCCGGAUUCCUCCCCCGCUCUCGGAGCUUCUCUCUCGGCGUUGACAGACCCCUCCUCUGGCGCGGCGCUGCUGGUGGUUCCGGGCGGUCCGUCCGUUCUUUGACCCAGUGGGAUGUUAGUGAGUCCGGACUUCUCAGACGGAGCUGGUCGGGGCUUUUCUGCAGAGAUCAGAGAUAAGGAGCAUCUCCGCGGUUCUUCACCAUCACCCUCAUCCUCAUCUUCGGCUGCAGAGAGAUCUUCCUCAGUAUGGACACAAACAGUGGCAGUCGUACUUUGGGAGGACCUUCGACGUCUACACCAAACUCUGGAAGUUCCAGCAGCAGCACAGGUUCUGGAUACAAGGUACGGCUUAAAGAGAUGGCAGAUUGGGGAGGUUGCAUCCAAGAUCGGACAACUUUACUACCAUUACUACCUCCGUACCUCAGAGACGAGUUAUCUGAAUGAAGCUUUUUCCUUCUACUCUGCCAUCCGCCAGCGUUCCUACUACUAUCAGGUCAACAAGGAGGACAGACCUGAAUUGGUGGUGAAGAAGCUUCGUUAUUACGCUCGAUACAUUGUGGUGUGUUUACUGCUGAACAAGAUGGACCUGGUCAAAGUUCUGGUGAAGGAGUUAUCCGAGGAAAUUGAGGACUACACCCAACGCUUCAACACCGAGGACCAGCUGGAGUGGAACCUGGUUCUGCAGGAAGUGGCAGCUUUUAUCGAGGCCGAUCCGGUGGUGGUUCUGAACGACAACAACUCUGCGUUUGUCACCAGCAACAGACUGCUGGAGGGCAGCGUUCCUCCGCUGGAACAGGGAAUGGUGGUCGGACAGCUCGUCCUCGCUGACGCUUUGAUCGUUGGAAACAGCAACAACCAGGUGAAGUUCAGCGAGUUGACCAUCGAUAUGUUCCGGAUGCUCCAGGCUUUGGAGAGGGAACCUGUGAACCUGGCAACGCAGACUUCCAAGCAGGGAACGCUGGAGCCCAAUGAGAAACCAGCAAAGAGGGAGAACCCUCAUAAAUACCUGCUGUAUAAACCAACGUUCAGCCAACUCUACACAUUCCUGUCGGCUUCCUUUAAGGAACUUCCUGCCAACAGCGUCCUGCUGGUGUAUUUAUCAGCUACUGGAGUCUUCCCUGCUACACAUCUGGAUUUUGAAGCAGGUCCGUAUGACUUCGGAGGAGUUCUGACCAACACCAACAGAGACGUGGUGAAUGGAGAGACGGUACAGAAGAGGAACCAGGCCCAGAAGGAGAUGCACUGCCUUCACCCAGGAGAUCUGUUUCCGUUCACCCGAAAGCCUCUUUUCAUUAUCGUAGAUUCUUCAAAUAGCACAGCCUAUAAGAACUUCACCAACCUGUUCGGCCAGCCACUGGUGUGUCUGCUCUCCCCUACGGUUUAUCCAAAAAGCGUCCAGGAUCAGUCUCAGCGCGGCAGCCUCUUCACCCUCUUUCUCUACAGUCCUCUCUUGGCUUUCUCAUCCAUCUGCGGUCUGAACAGCGUCCGACGAGGGCUGUGGGAACGCGCUCAAGAAUUCCUUCGAAAAGUCUUCCGGGACAUCGGACAGAUGAUAACCCGGUCACGGAGCAUCGAUCAGGCCUUUCUGCAGUUUUUUGGUGACGAGUUCCUGCGGUUGCUACUGAUCCGGUUUGUGUUCUGUUCUGCCGCGCUGAGACUACAUAAACUGUUCCGGGAAUCUCGGAGCUUCCCGGAGUCCUACCCUGAGCUGCCGAAGCAGGACACGGUGGAGAGCAGCCUUCUACAGAAGCACAUUUUGGAGCUGGCCACCAUGCUGGACGUUCAGAGUUUAUUUUGGGACGAUUCCCUGGAAAGCUACUAACAUCUCCAACUGGGCCAACAUGUUCAUACAGACUGAACGGCCCGUCCGCCCUCAGUUUGUUCUUUCCUUUCUGUAGUUUGAAGGUAAUCUUUUGUUCCUCACAUCCUUCAUUGGGAUGCUUCUCCUGGAACCAGGUGUAAUGUUCUCAUUGGUUACCCAGGAAGUUGAAUCCAGUUUAAAAUCCUCAUUCUGAGCCUCACCAGACUCUCUUCACUGUGCCAGAUCAAUACAAACAUUCACAGCGUGGUUAGCUUUUAUAUUUACUCGUUGUUGUAAUUGGAAAGCUGUCAGUUUCAUAGUAAUAUUGCAGCAUUCGCACGUUAAGCUGGAACUGAAAGGUUUCACCUCAAGGUUCUACGGGUCUGGACACGGAACCUGCAGCAAGUUCAGUUCUGCACGCUGACGUUUAGAGCAGCAAACCUUUUUCCAUCCAGCGACCUUUAACUUGCAACAGACCAAGGUGUGUUCGGGUUUGUUCACUUUGACGUCAUCUUUUAGGUCCUUAACCAGCAGUCCAAUCUGACAGCGCCAGGAAGCUUUUGUUUCGGCUGUGAGUUUUUAAACAGUUUCUCUUGUUGCUGUUUGUAAGCAUGCCUAAAAAUCUGUUUGCUUAAUUCUUUUAUCCCCAAAGAUAAAAGCACAAAGCAUUUAUGACUUCAUUUACACAGAAGCUGAGAUUUAAAAUAUAUUUCGCUGCUCUGUGAGACGAUGGAUAACGUAGGGUAAAAGAUUCAUAAUAACAAGCUUCUGUUGUGGAGAUAAUGACUUAAUAUACAGGUACAUCUCAUACAGAUUGAUCACACACAGUGAUAUAUUUCUAAUAUUUAUUUCUGUUUUUAUUUUUAUCCCUGCUGCUUGUGUACACGUUUUCCUUCCACUCAACUUUCUGUUUAUAGCCUUGAUUACAGCAUUCAUAGCAGAUGCUUUAGAAAUUGCCUUUUGUGACUUCUGCUCCUUGUGGACGGCAUCUGUCCAGUCAUCAGUCUCCCCUGGUUCUGUGGGCCACAACAGAACAUUUCUGUAUUAAAACUGUUCUUGAUUGGUCUGAUGUGGAAUCCUAAUUUUGGGUUUACAUUAGCCGUCAGACAUAGUCAAAUUAUAAUCAAAAUGAAACUAAAUAAGUGCUUGAAAUGUAUCACCCUGUGUGUAAUGAACUGAUCUGCCUGGAAAUCAGUCCAGGGUUCAGAGUUGGAUCUCCUCCGGUUCGUUAGGAGCAACAUCACCAGGUGACUAAUCACAGCUUCCUAGAUCAGCUUCAAGUUAUGUUGUAAACAUGUGACCCCCCAACCUUACCAACACCACAGCUGUUCAGGUGCUUCUGGUACCCGCUUGGUCCUCAAGUACCUGGAUGUGACUGCUUCUUUGGUUAGAUGGACCCUUUGGUCUGAGCUAGAGCCUGAAACAGAACCAGAUUACAGGCAGUUUGGGUCUGAAUGAUCCCCAGACGUUUCUGUUGGGUGUGUGUUUCCUGGCACCAGCAGGUUGAGUGCGUCCAUGGGCCGAAAUGUUCUGAAAACAAAGCAGGGUUUUAAUUUUGGGCUCUCCUGUAUUUAUUGAUAUUGCUAGACUGUACAGUUGUAAUGUUUCGGCACAGACGCGUGUGUGUGUGUGUGUGUGUGUGUGUGUGUGUGUGUGUGUGUGUGUGUGUGUGUGUGUGUGUGUUCCUGUCUUGGAUUCA